AUGGCAAUCUUCAAGAAGAUGAGCCUGAAGACAGGCAACACAACCCGAACGCAAGCGUCGAAACUCACACUCCGACAAUCAAUCUAUCCCCUCUGCCUAGUAACAAUCCUCUUCUUCCUCUGGGGUUUCAGUUACGGCCUCCUCGACACCUUAAACAAACACUUCCAAAACACCCUUGGCAUCACGCGCGCUCGCAGCUCCGGCCUCCAAGCCGCCUACUUCGGCGCCUACCCCCUCGCCUCACUCGGCCACGCCAACUGGCUCUUGAGGCAUUACGGCUUCAAAGCCGUCUUCAUCUGGGGUCUCUGCCUCUACGGCGUCGGCGCCCUAGUCGCAUGGCCCUGCAUCCUGUACCGCUCCUUCGGCGGCUUUUGCGCUGCGAUCUUCAUUAUUGGAAAUGGGUUGGGGGCUCUGGAGACGGCGGCGAAUCCGUACAUUACGAUUUGUGGGCCGCCGAGGUAUGCUGAGAUGCGGAUAAAUGCUGCGCAGGCGUUUAAUGGGAUUGGCACGGUUAUUGCGCCGGUGUUGGGGAGUUAUGUGUUUUUUAAGGAUACGGGGGAUAGUACGGAGAGUUUGAGGAAUGUGCAGUGGGUUUAUUUGGCGAUUGCGUGUUUUGUGUUUUUGUUGGCGGUGGUGUUUUAUUUUUCGCCGAUACCUGAGAUUACGGAUGCGGAUAUGGAGUUUCAGGAUGAGGAAGCGAAUGCUGCUAGUGACCAGAGCUUUUGGAAGCAGUAUCGAUUGUUUCAUGCGGCUUUUGCUCAAUUCUGCUAUACCGGAGCACAAGUUGCCAUCGCAUCAUACUUCAUCAACUUCGCCACUGAGACUGGAAAGACUAGUGCAGUGGGCGCCCAGCUUCUGGCGGGUGCGCAGGGUGCUUUUGCCUUGGGGCGCUUCGCUGGAGUUGCCAUCAUGAAGUACUGCCGGCCAAGAUGGGUAUUCUUGGUGUACCUGAGCUUAUGCAUCGUCUUCAUCUCGCCCGCGAUCGGUCUGCACAACAACGCCGGCAUCGCGAUGCUGUACUUGACGCUCUUCUUCGAAAGUAUCUGCUUCCCAACAAUCGUAGCACUGGGCAUGCGAGGACUGGGCAAGCACUCCAAGCGUGGCUCCGGGUUCAUCGUUGCCGGUGUUAGUGGUGGAGCUGUGGUGCCUCCUGCACUCGGAGGAGCUGCAGAUGCAUCCAACACAGCAGCGGCUAUGUCUGUGCCAUUGGCUUUCUUCGCGCUGGCAUGGAGCUAUUGCUUCGCGGUGAACUUCAUCCCGGCUUAUAGAGAGCCGAUUGAUAUGCUGAAGGACUCAACAUUGGCGGUGGAAACUGCUACGAAGGAUGAUGAGAGUGGUAGUAAUGCUGAGCGGGAAAUUGGUGAGCCUGAGAAGGGUGCUGUCACGCGCGUUGAGGGGAACAGUGAGGAGAUACGGAAGGUAGAGUAG